AUGGAAGCAAGUUUUCAGAGUUUCAAAAGACAUGGAAAAAUAUGGGCUGAAUAUUUCGGACUGUUUCUGGGCGAUACCGGGAGUGGAGAUUCGAUUUCCUUUUGGAAAGAGAGGUGGACAGAAGGUGGAACAUUAAAAAGUCAGUAUCCGGGCCUGUGUGAGUUGGAAAAAAGUAAAAACGCAGCCGUUUUGGAUCGAGUAAAGGUUACAAGUGAUGUGAUGACUCUGAUCUUUAACUGGGUACGGCAGCCAGAGACGCAGCAGGAACUAAGCGAUGUACAGAAGCUGUCCGAGGAGCUGUUCAAGACGGCAUGGGGAGAUGGGGGUGAUCGAUGGGGCUGGGAACUUGAUGGUUCAGGCACCUUCUCGGUAAAAAGCCUUAAGUGCACACUACAGGCUGCAAGAUUCUCAGACUUGGGAAAUGACUUUAGAUGGAAUAAUUGGAACCCGAUAAAGGUAAACUUCUUGGCAUGGAGAGUUUCGUUAGAUCGGUUGCCGACUCUUGCAGCUUUAGCACACAGGAACGUUAUUACAUGUCAGACUUCUUGCAAUUUAUGUGGUCAAUUUGAUGAAGACGUGGAACAUCUGUUCGUAAGCUGUGAAAUGGCACAAGAGGUUUGGAAUUUCGUUUCUCAAUGGUGUAAAAUCUCAAGUAUAUAUGCUUUUAGGGUAAAGGAUUUGUUGGGAUGGCAUAAACAUAUUCGGGGUACGGAAAAAUGGAGGAAGCUGGUAUACGCAAUUAUGCAAGUAUCGAUUUGGGUAAUAUGGAGAUGCAGAAAUGGUCGAGUUUUCAAUGGCAAACAGGCGAAUCUGGAACAUUUGACGGCGGAGAUUAAGCACCUAAGUUUCUUAUGGGUUGGAAAUCGAUCAUCUUUAAAGGAGAUAUCGUGGGAAGAGUGGUGUAAUUUUGAUGUAUCGAGGAAAUGUUUGUAG